AUGGCUGUGUUGGAUGUCUGCCGGAUAAAUAAGAUUGGUAUUGGAGCUUUACAAGAAACAAAAAUAAAAGGUGAUAAUCUGAAGGAUGCAAUUGAUACUUGUUUUCAGGGAUGGAAUUAUCAUAAUAGCAUAAGAGUGGAAGGCCAAAUUCUUUUGAUAUGGAAGGAAAGUUGGGUUAAAGUGGAAGUUAUCAAAGACCAUUCUCAAUUUUUGCACUGUAAAGUUAAACUCUGUAUCACUGGUCAGGAGUUUUGCUUUACUGUGGUUUAUGGCUCAAAUCAACUGGAUACUAUGAAGUUGCUCUGGUCUGAAUUGUCCUCUAUGCCUCUACCAAUUAAACCGUGGCUUAUUUUGGGAGACUUUAACGCGGCUUUUAACCCAAAUGACAGAAGAGGUGGCAGAUGUAUUUUGAAAAAAGAGAUUGAAGAUGCUAGGAGCUGGCUUGAUCUUGAUCUGGUGGAAGAACUGAGUUUACUGGGAACUUGUUACACCUGGUCUAAUAAUCAAGAAGGGGAUAAUCGAAUAUACUCUAAGCUAGAUAGAGUUUUUGUCAAUGAGGACUGGCUGGACAUUUUCCCGUCUAUUAUAGCUGCUGCUUGUUGGGAAGUGUCUUCUGAUCACUGUGUUGUUAUUCUGAAGCAAGCUGCUCUUAGAAUCAAGGGUUGUGAAUUAGAUCAAGUUUCUUGGAAACUUUUGCGUCUGAAACAUGAGUUGAAGAAGUUCAAUUGGAGAAUUAUUGGGGACGUGGAUAGGAACUAUGAAGACUAUAAAGCUGAGUUUCAAAAGGCUCGGUCUGUACUUUUCUCUGAUCCUCAGAAUCAACUUUUAGCUACAGCAGAGAGAAUAGCAUUUCAGAGAUUUAAACAACAAGAAAAGAUCUAUGGCAGCUACCUUAGGCAAAAAAGUAAUAUUGAAUGGAUUCAAUUCGGAAAUGAAAAUUCUGCUUACUUUCAUGCCUAUAUAAAUAAAAGGAAGAGAGCUAAUCGAAUUGCCUCCUUUGUUACUGAAGAUGGUAGAGUAGAGGACAGUUAUCCUAAGGUAAUUAGUCACUUUAUUAACCAUUUCAAAUCAGUCCUGGGUUGUCCUAACAAAGCUACAGGGAAGGUAGAUUAUGCCAUAACAGCUUUAGGUCCUGUAUUGAGUAUUGAAGACCAGCUAGCUCUCAUCAAACCUUUCUCAUACAAGGAUGUUAAAGUAGCUAUGUUUAGUAUCAGCUCUAUAAAAAGUCCUGGACUAGAUGGUUUUGGGGCUGCUUUGAAUAGUACUAUUCUAACCCUCAUACCUAAGAUGGAUCACCCGAAUACAGCUGCUGACUUUAGGCCAAUCGUCUGCUGCACUACUCUUUAUAAGUGCAUUUCUAAAAUGCUUUGUCAUAGAGUGUCUGGUAUUCUACCAAAGUUGGUUAACCAAAAUCAAGGGGCAUUUAUCAAAGAUAGAUCUCUUGCUCAUAAUGUCUUAAUUCUCCAAGAUCUCUUAAGGGGUUAUAAAAGGAAGUAUAACUCUCCUCGGUGCUUAUUGAAGAUCGGUUUGAGCAAAGCCUAUGACUCAAUCGACUGGGACUUUCUUGAAAACUUGCUGAAAGCGUUAAAUUUUCUUGAUCGCUUCAUAAGAUGGAUCAUGAUUUGUAUGAGAGGUGCUUCUUAUUGCCUUAUGUUGAAUGGUCACCUUCAUGCCAAUACUAGCUCCAUUCACAUUAUUCAGCAGUCAUUAGAGGGAUUUUCAGCUGCUUCAGGUUUGAUUAUUAAUAAAAGCAAAUCUAGAGCUUAUUUUGGUGGGGUUUCAUACCAAGAAAAAUCUGGUUUGCUGAAUAUUCUUCAACUGAAUGAAGGUGAGUUUCCCCUGACUUAUCUUGGUCUGCCUUUGAGACCAACGAAGUGGAAGGCAAUGGAUUGUGACUUAAUUUUAAAGAAGAUUAGACAGAGACUUUGUGUUUGGGCUAGUAGGAACCUUUCCUAUGCAGGGCAGGUUCAGUUGAUCCAAUCUGUUUUGUUGGGUAUUAGGAACUACUGGAUGAGCAGUUUUCUUCUUCCUCAGAGUGUUCUUAAGGAGAUUGAUCAACUUUGCAAAAUUUUUCUUUGGGGAGGUAAAGGAAAUAGGAGCAAGUUUCAUCUUACUUCGAGGGAGCUGGUUUGCUGCCCUAAGAGUCAUGGUGGGUUAGGUUUCAAGGAGGGGCCUAUUUGGAACAGAUUGUUAUUAUCUAAAUUUAUUUGGGCUAUCUCUUCUAAGCAGGAUUUGCUAUGGGUAAAGUGGGUUAACUGCAUUUACUUGAAGGGGUCUCAGAUUUGGGAUUACAAGUUGCACUCAGAUGCCAGUUGGUACCCUGACCUAUGA